AACUCGUUCUCAUUAGGAAGAAUAGACAAUUUUCCUUGUCAAUUCGGAUUAUUUAUUCUCUGUAAGCUUUCAAGACCUGACUUGACUUAAUGAAUCUAAACUAAUUUUCAACCUGAAAAUCGACAUGGCAAAAUAUUCCCACUCAUUCCAAAAGAAUGUUUUUUAAAAAAAACUUCAUUCAUCUUUCGAAGAACAGCGAACUUAACUUACCAACUCAAUAUUUUCCAUACUCUGUUAGUCACCAAGAACUGACCUAAUUCAAAGAACUUUAGCCUGACUUUCACCCGAAGAUGACUUUCCAAAAAAUGGUGGCAUAUUUUCCAUCUAAACUUAGAAUCGCAGUUCUACCCAAUUUGAAAGCCUUAGAAAUUAAAAGAAUCAACUACACAACUAUUAUCUCGGGUGUUGAAGCAGAAUUUCUAAAACUAUUAUCGCACAAAUUAAAUUUCGAAUAUGAGAUUCUUGCUCCCUCAGAUAAUUCCUACGGUUUCAAGGAUACAUUUGGAAACUGGACUGGAAUAGUCGGAAUGCUCCAAAGGAAUGAAGCCGACAUGGCCAUCUCGCUAAUAGGUAUCACAGAAGAGAGGUCAUCUGUAGUGGACUUUAGCUUACCUUACCUCUAUCUCGAAAAAACCUUUAUGAUGAAUCAUGCUGCAUUCUUGCCCAAAACGUCUGCUUUCUUGUAUCCUUUCAGCACAUUCACAUGGAUUUUAUUCUGGAUCGCACUGCUCUUUGUGACAGUGCUAUUUCGAGCUCUGAUUUCGCCACAAAAUUCCAUUAUUACCGUUUUUCUCAAAUUGUGGGGAUCUUCUUUCGGUCAAGGAAUGAACUACAACCCUCGUUCAAUGUCCAGGCGGAUACCGCUUGGAAUUUGGUUAGUUUAUUCAUAUGUUCUGAUUCUAUGUUACAGCUCAGUCCUGUUGUCAUUUUUGACAUCCCCCAUCAGAAUGAAACAAAUAAAAGAUUUCAAGGAUCUCUACACCGCAAUCAGAGAGGGGAAAAUGGAGUGCCGAGCAGAGAUUCGAACACUGGAAGCAGAUUAUUUGUCGAAAAGCAAUAUACCCCAUUUCAAAGGAUUAGGAGAAUACAUUAAAAGGAAUGAAUGGUAUUUUCAAUCUCGUGUUAACGCAACUGUUCCAGAAAACGUAGCAGUACUUGGGUCACCCUUUCUAUUUAGCAUGGCUUUUGGGUCACCUGAAAUGUAUUUUUAUUCGAAGGACGUCUUUGGAAAUUUUCCGUUCGGGGUUGCAAUCAGGAAAGACUUUUGCUGCAAAGAGCACUUCAAUACAAUCCUACUUCGAAUUUUAAGUGGUGGCUUGUAUAAUAAAUUAAUGGACAAUUUCCUCUUUAAAUUUGAAGUCUUAAAAAAAUUAAACUUUGACCAUUCUCAAAGAACAUCAGCAUCAGUUUUAAAGCUAUCAGAUUUAAGUGGAGUGUUUGUUAUUCUUGGUAUAGGUUGGACAGCUGGUAUUUUUGCUUUGAUAAUGGAAAUCGCCUACAAUCGAUGGUUACGCUAA